AGUGCAGACCAAAUCAUGUUGCCGUAUUUUUGGAUUCUUCCCCAGAAUCUGCAGUUGAACUUAUUGAAGCUGCUGAAAGUCUUUUUGUGCUUGCAGAGUUUUAAGCUUGUGGAUGUUUAUUCUUUCUUACCUUGGCAGUUGUAAUCUUUUUUGUUUUGCACUUCCACUGACAUUGUUCCUUUGCCUGCACAAUGUGCAUUUCACAGUGAUUUUGUCGAAACGCUGCUCUUUCUGCAAGAUUGUUGUGUAAUGAUGUGGCCGAUUUGGGGAACGUUUUCAAAAUGUUAAGUGGCAGACUCUGACGGGAAGUCUGAGGAAAGACUUAAUUUAUUUAUUCUGUUUGUGGAUGGGCGUGUGUGUAAGGAUGGGCGUGUGUGCGAGUGUGUGUUAGAAGGACCUGCUCUUCCAGUCUCUGUGUGGAGACGUACCGGUAAUUCGUUUGACACAAGUGAAAUGGGACAAAGUUGACUCACCAUAGAAACGGACUAAUAGGCUUGGUUCUUGUUCUGGCAGUGCACAGGUGAGCCCGGGGCUCCACACUGAGUGCUGACAUGCUGCGUCAAUCCGAGCCGACCAGCAGCACCCUGCAGCUGGUGGCCAACGACAUGACGGGCAUCAUGGAGAAGCUGGACGACCGCGAGCUGGACAUGGAGGAUGGAGAGUACGACACCACGGACGAUCACCUCUCAGCCGAGCGUCUUCCUUUCAAGGCGAUCUACCAAAUGGUGGCCUUCAAAGAGUCGGCGGCCAACGUCUUCCUGUCGUCUCCGAUUACCGCUAAGAUCCUGGAGGUGGAGCGCUUCACCUCGGCUCAGGACCGCUUCAACGUCACCGCGCAGAGGAGCGUCAACAAGUCGCUGCCGGCGGUGUUUAAGAUCGAGAUGAAGCACGGGGAGUUCACGUGGCUGGUGAAGAAGAAGGAGAAACACUUCAUGGAUCUGCACAGAGAGCUGCGGACGUACAAAACCUUCAUGAGGCUGCCGCUGCCCAAACGCAGCCACACGGUGAAGAGGCAGGCGGUCACGAGGAGCGAGGGGGGGCAGAUGCCGAACCUCCCCCGAGUGGGAGGAGAGGAUCUGGAGAGGGAUGACCAGGUCUCCAGCCGAAGGAAACAACUGGAAGAUUACUUGAAUAAUCUGCUAAAGAAGCCGAUGUACAGGAACUACCACGCAACGAUGGAGUUCAUUGACGUCAGCCAGUUGUCCUUCAUCCAUGAUCUGGGACCAAAAGGCUUAGAAGGAAUGGUGCUGAAGAGAUCUGGCGGACAUCGGAUCCCCGGGCUGAACUGCUGCGGGCGCAGCCGGAUGUGUUACCGCUGGUCCAAACGCUGGCUGGUGGUGAAGGACUCGUGCCUGCUCUACAUGAAGCCGGAGUCGGGGGCCGUCUCCUUCGUGAUGCUGUUCGAUAAAGAGUUCAGCAUCAAGAUGGACUCCAAAGACACGGAGACCAAACACGGAAUCCGCAUCGACAGUCUCUCCAGAUCUUUGGUGUUGAAGUGCAGCAGCUACAGACACGCCCGCUGGUGGGGUCAGGCCAUCGAGGCCUUCGUUAAGAAACACGGCGCCGCCUUCCUAACCGACCACCGCUUCGGAUCCUUCGCCAGAGAAGAAGUAAACAUCCCGGCUAAAUGGUAUGUGAACGGAAAAUCAUACAUGGAGGACGUUGCAGAUGCUCUUGAAGAAGCCAAAGAGGAAAUAUUCAUCACAGACUGGUGGUUGAGUCCAGAGAUCUUCCUGAAGAGGCCGGUUGUGGAGGGAAACCGCUGGCGUCUGGACUGCAUCCUGAAACGCAAAGCGCAACAAGGUGUGCGUAUCUUUGUGAUGCUGUACAAAGAAGUGGAGUUAGCUCUGGGAAUAAACUCCGGAUACAGCAAGAGGACGCUGCUGCACCUCCACCCCAACAUCAAGGUGAUGCGUCACCCGGACCACGUCUCCUCGGCUGUCUACCUGUGGGCGCAUCACGAGAAGAUCAUUGUGGUCGACCAAUCGGUGGCCUUCGUGGGAGGGAUCGACCUGGCAUAUGGUCGCUGGGACGACAGGGAGCACAGGCUGACCGACGUUGGGAGUGUGACACUCUCACACCAGGCUGAAGCGGCAUCUCCAAACAUGGCUGCUCCAGCUAACGGCAGCGGCGGGGGGGCUCCCGAAACUAACGGGAAAAGCAUUUUCACGGUGAUGGACUCUGUGGACCAGCCCCGGCUGAAAGGGCAAGGCAGACUGAAGAGGACGAGGUUCAGCAUCCGGAGACACCUGCAGAAACACGGGCUGGCCUCGGCAGACAGCGACAGCGACCUGGAGGACGAAGAGAUAAGCAGCUCGCAGCGCAGUCUGCACACGGGCGUCGGGGAGUUAUUCGGAAACACGCGCUUCUGGCACGGAAAAGACUACUGCAACUUCGUGUACAGGGACUGGAUUCAGCUGGAAAAACCUUUCGAUGACUUCAUAGACAGACACACAACUCCCAGAAUGCCUUGGCACGACAUCUCCUCAGUGGUCCACGGGAAAGCAGCUCGAGACGUGGCCCGACACUUCAUCCAGCGCUGGAACUUCACCAAGAUUAUGAAGCCGAAGUAUCGCUCUCUGUCGUUCCCGUAUCUGCUGCCCAAAUCUCACACCACCGCCGAAGAGCAGCGCUACCAAGUACCCAACUGCAUCCCCUCUAAAGUGCAGAUCCUACGCUCAGCCUCUGAUUGGUCGGCUGGCAUCAAGAACCACGAGGAGUCCAUCCACAACGCGUACGUGCAAGUCAUCCUGAACAGCCAGCACUUCAUUUACAUAGAGAAUCAGUUCUUCAUCAGCUGUUCAGACAACAGACACGUGUUCAACAAGAUAGGAGACGCUAUUGCACAGCGCAUCAUCCAAGCAUUCAGGGAGGGUAAAAAGUACAGAGUGUACCUGGUGACGCCUCUGCUGCCUGGCUUCGAGGGAGACAUCAGCACCGGAGGAGGCAGCGCUCUCCAGGCCAUCAUGCACUUCAACUACAGGACGAUGAACCGAGGAGAGCACUCCAUCAUUUCACAGCUGCACAAAGAGAUGGGAGACCAGUGGAUGAACUACAUCUCCAUCGCUGGUCUGAGGACUCACGCUGAGCUGGAGGGGAAGCUGGUCACGGAGCUCAUCUACGUCCACAGCAAGAUGCUCAUCGCAGACGACAACACCGUCAUCAUCGGUUCUGCAAACAUCAACGACAGGAGCAUGCUGGGAAAGAGGGACAGCGAGGUGGCGGUGAUCGUGGAGGACUCGGAGAUGGUGCCGUCGGUGAUGGACGGGCAGGAGUACCAGGCGGGAAAAUACGCCCUGCAGCUGCGCCUCGAGUGCUUCAGGAUGAUUUUGGGCGCCAACACGGACCCCUCCAUCGACGUGUCGGACCCCAUCAGCGAGAAGUUCUUCAAAGAGGUGUGGACGGCCACCUCCGCUCGCAACGCCACCGUCUACCAGAAGGUGUUCCGCAGCCUACCGUCCUCUGACGUGCGGAACAUUCUGGAUCUGGAGGGCUUCCUGGCCGUGCCCGGUCUGUGCACCGAGGACCCGGUGCGGGCUCGGGAGAAGCUGAAGAAGAUCCGCGGCUUCCUGGUCCAGUUUCCUCUCGACUUCCUGUGUGAGGAGAACCUGCUUCCUCCCAUCGGGUCCAAGGAGGCCAUGAUGCCCAUGGAGGUGUGGACCUGAGGAGGAAGAACCCCAGCCUAUACGGUCAUGUGUUCACACUCAGCAAGAGUAAGGCCUUCAGGUGGAUCAAAACACACUCUGGUGACAUUUUGGAGGUCAAAGUGGCAGAAAACUGCUUUUUUGUUUUGUUUAAGCCCAAAAGUUAUUUGUAUAGCAGGCAAGAGAGAUAAAAGCCUUAUAAGUAGUUAUUAUAAGCAGAUGUUUGAUAUCCUUUUUUUUAUUUGGGUUGUAAUUGUUAUUUAUUAUUAAUGUAAGUGGUAAGAUGAUCAAGCAGAUAAUAAACAAACUUUGGACAAGUAAAUGAAGGUAAAAACGUCAAACUAAAAUCCUGUAAUCUCGAUUAUAAACAUCCAUCACUUUUUAAAGACUGACUUCAUCUCUAAAUAGUGGUUUAAGAUAAUCUGGAUAAACUGUUUUAAUAUUUUUUAAGUCAGCGGUGCCAAAAUCGUCUUUUAUUUUAGUUUUAAAUGCAAAAUUGUACAACAAAUAUAACAGCAGAAACAGCAAUUGAAUUUGUAUAUUUUUCUAAUUAAUUUAAAUAUUAACUUUGGCCUGUAAGCCCCAAGUUGGUGUUUCUUUCCCUGUUGGAACUACUAUUUUCGGGUGGAGCCACAAUCUAAGAUAUUAUUCCAAGGGGACCAAUAAUACAAAUAUACUCCAAGUUGUAAUAAAGCAAAGUUUUCCUUUUAAGAUGUUCAGGGUCACAGCUGCUGAUCCUAGAGAAGAUCUACCUGUAACACUUGAACAACAGUUAAAAAAUGUUGUCUUUAUUAAGGAAAAUAGUAAAUCUAUAUUUUUUUAGUUUUUCUGUUUGCCGCCAGCAAUGACUUCCAAAAUGGCGUUAGCUGUGGUUGUGGACAGAGCCUCAGUACCAGCAGUGCCACUGAAUGCACAUGAAUUACAUUACACUUAAAAAACAAAUGCAGAGACUUUCAGAACUCAUAUGCAUAAAUAAUACAUUAUUGUUAUAAAACACACAUUUACAUGCAAACACAGCAAGAAGUGGACCAGAAGACUCUGCAGUCCCUGGACUAAAGUUUACAGAAUAUAGAAGAAGAAGAAAGGUAAAAAUGGAUCCUCACCAUCAGAAUAUCACUUUAUCUCCUUUUUUAAACGUUUCGCUCCUUCUUUCUCCAACAACACUAUGCAACGUGUAGGACUGGCAAAAGACACUAAAAUAACUUUAACUACCUGCACCUCAGCCACCUGGCAACGCACCCCCAGCGCCGCGCCUCUCCCAUUGCAACCUCUCCUCCUUCUCCCCUGUGGAUGCUCUCCAACUGGCCAAACUGGUCAGCUCGGCCAAGACCUCCACCUCCACCUGCUCCCUGGACCCCUUGCCCACAGCCCUGGUCAAGGACUGCCUACCCACCCUCUGUCCUUACAUGGUGGUCAUCAUCAAUGCUUCUCUGGCUCCUGGUAUAGUCCCCACCAGCUUCAAAAUGGCCUCAGUCACCCCCAUCCUCAAAAAACCUGGCCUGGACCCCGACGACCUCCACAACCACCGGCCGAUCUCCGACCUUCCCUUCCUAAGUAAAACUCUGGAAAGAGUGGUCGCCGGCCAACUCCAUCUGUACAUGUCCAACCAUGAGCUCUAUGAGCCCUUCCAAUCCGUCUUCAGACUUCAACACAGCACUGAGACCGCCCUCAUCAAGAUCACCAACGAUCUCCUCAUUGCUGCUGACUCUGGCCGCCUCAGCAUCCUCAUCCUCCUGGACCUCUCUGCAGCGUUUGACACCAUCUCCCACACCAUCCUCCUCACCCGCCUAUCUGACCUCCUAGGUGUCACUGGCACAGCCCUGUCCUGGUUCACAUCCUACCUCCAUAACAGGGAACAGUUUGUAACCAUCAAUGGCUGAAAUUCACCCCCGGCCCCAGUCAAUCACGGUGUACCCCAGGGCUCUGUGCUUGGCCCCCUCCUGUUCACCAUUUACAUUACGUCAAGUCUGUUACCAAAUUGGCCUUUUUCCAUCUAAGGAACAUUGCCAGACUCUGACCGUCACUCUCGGAGUCGGUUGCAGAAACCCUAGUCCAUGCGUUUGUUACCUCCCGCUUGGACUACUGCAAUGGUGUCCUGUUUGGGGUCCCCAACAAAACCCUGGUCAGGCUCAGGUAUGUUAAAAACUGUGCUGCCAGGGUACUCAAACAUACAAAGCCGUGGCAGCACAUCACUCCCACCCUCAUCCACCUCCACUGGCUGCCGGUCAGUCCCACAUAUCCUACAAAGUCCUCCUCCUCACAUACAUGUCCCUCCAUGCCCAUGCCCCCCAGUACCUAUCGGACCUUCUUCGCCCACAUGCCCCACCCCGGAACCUGCGGUCUUCAGACUCUGGCCUGCUUACCACCUCCCGCACCAACCUGCGAACCUUCGGGACAGAGCCUUCAGUGUGGCAGCCCCCACCCUCUGGAACGCUCUCCCUGCAGAGAUCCGCAACAUCCCCACGCUUGACGCCUUCAAAAGGGCCCUCAAGUCCCAUCUGUUUGCUAAGUCCUUUGGCCCCUAAUCUAUUUGUCGUUUUGUCUGUCUGACUGUUUGUCUGACUGCCUUUUGUUUUGUUAUGUUUGUUCCUACUGCUGUUCUUCUUUGUAAAGCGACCUUGGGUCUCAUGAAAGGCGCUAUAUAAAUCCAAGCUAUUAUUAUUAUUAUUAUUAUUAAUGAAGAAGCCGGAUGUCGCCAUUUUGUCUCAUAUUUCUGAAGACUUGCUUUUAAUAUUUAUGUCCAAAGUGCCAAAGAUGAAAGACAGUUGCCUGAUGUUGAAACAGAACAUCCUUUAUUUUACAUUCCUCAUACUGUGGAUCUACGUUAAGCCUUAAGUGACCUGUUUUUAUGCUGUUUGUAGCUUUUUAUUUCACCAGUCUGUAAUUUCCUGAUCGGUUUACUGGAAAGAACUGUAAAGGGGAAAUGUGUUUUCUCUUUUUUUGCUUUCCAAUAAACUGCCAGGAAAUUGCAGAAGUCUAUAAAGUGCUAUGGUUCCUUUUUAAAACGACAUAACCCAUAUAUUCAUGCAUGAUAAGUUUACUACGAUGCUGCGUUUCAUUUGAUGUCAGAACAUGGGAAUACAUAAGCAACAACCAACUUUAGUCAACAGGAAACAUUUGUUUGUUUGGUUAAGUUUUCGCAUUCUCCAGUAAGUGCAAAUGUUAUCAACAGCUUUGGCACCUUGAGUUUCUGCUGCUCCCUUGUGGCCAAAACAUCUGCUUUUGCAGGUUUUUGUGGUUAUAUCAAGCUAAUUGAAGUUUAACUUUGAUAGUUUUUUUAAAGAUACAAACGAUAGCCUUCCCACUGUAAACUCUAUGUUGCAACUAUUGAUCAGAUUUUUCAAAAUGCUGUCUAUGGAUUUCUAUAUUUCUGAAAUGUCUUGAAUGCAGCACGAAUGUUUCUCAGUGUCUUCCUCGUGAUCUGCAUGAUGCUGUUUUUUAUAUAUAUUUGACCCAAAAAACAAACUGGAUGAUACUUGUAGUUGACAGCAUGACAGCAGCUCGUUGCCAUUCAACAUUACAGAUAAAACGCAUGAACCCUGCAAUGGUCGCCUUUAAAGCCAUGGACAUUAUCGAUGCUAACAGUGUGCCUGUCUUCAAGCUGUGUGUCCUCCAGAUACACCUCUCUACUGUUAAUAUUUAUGGAUAAUGGGACGUUAAAUGUGCUUUUUAAUCUUUUUCUCUACCUCCCUGUGUUUCUACCUCCUGCUCCAGUGCAUGUUUUACAUCUUUGUGAUAAAAAUCACGAAAAUGUUCAGUUACCCCACAAUUCAGCCAAGUAAAAUUGUCUUAAAAAGGCAAUCCAUAUGUUAAAAGUUUGCGAUUAUGUGCAAUAACAACCAUCUAAAAGAAAAGGUCUAAAAUCAAGCAAACACCGAAUUCACAAAGGUGGGUUUGGUUAUUUAUUAGUGAUCAGGAGCACCUGGUGUUAUUGAGGUUGAGAAACGCUCUCCUGUGUCUUCUCUGUCUGGCUUUUAAUCACUGUGUCUCUAUGAAAUUGCACUAUUUGCACAGACUCUUGUGCUCUUGUUGCGACCCCCGGAAUGAUCUGCAGUAUCAAGUCAAGUGUUGCUUUUUGUGAAAUGAUGGAAUAAAUAAAUUAUGUAAUAAGUCAUAAUAAAAUAUUCUUCAGUU